UUGCCGAUUUUUCUGUUGUCUUUGGCUGGCACUUGUCCCGGAAUAUGAGUGAUUCGCGUGAACAGAUUUUGGAGCAAAUUAAACUGCAAGGCGAUCUCGUGCGUCAGUUGAAGGGAGCCAAGGAGUCCAAGGAGAAGGUUUGAAAAGGCACAUUGCGAAAGAAAGUUGUUGCCAAUUAUUGAGCAGUAAAACGAAAAAUAAGAGAUUAGAAAGAAAGGCAAAGAAAAAAACGAACAGUUUAAGAGUAAAGCAAAAACAAAAACAUAUGUUGCGUUCAAUUGGCCGCCAGUGGCGCUGUAGUGCUGCGUUUCAGUGUGCAACAAUGUACCAGCUGGCGCCGCCAGGCGGUGUACGCGCGAGAUCAACGAUAUUGCUGGGAGAGCAGCAGCAGCAGCAGCAGCCGCCACAGCAGAAGAAAUUUAAAAUUGAUAAACAGCAACAACAACAAAAUCAGCAUGAGCCACAACAGCAACAAGAAAUACAAGAACAACAACAACAACAACAAGCACAGAUCAAUAAGAUCGAUGAGGAAGUCGCCCGCCUGCUGGCCCUCAAGGCCAAACUAGGUGGUGAUGUGGCACCCGCUAGCCAAAAGUUCACCCUGAAGACGCCCAAGGGCACCCGGGACUAUGGACCACAGCAGAUGACGCUGCGUCAGGGCGUUCUCGACAAGAUUGUGCAGGUGUUUAAGCGCCACGGUGGCGAGGCCAUCGACACGCCCGUCUUUGAGCUAAAGGAAGUGCUGACUGGAAAGUACGGCGAGGACUCGAAGCUGAUUUAUGAUCUGAAGGAUCAGGGCGGCGAGAUUCUGUCCAUGCGGUACGAUCUCACAGUGCCGCUGGCCCGCUACCUGGCCAUGAACAAGAUAUCGAGCAUCAAGCGCUACCACAUCGCCAAGGUGUAUCGGCGGGACAAUCCGGCCAUGACCCGCGGCCGCUACCGGGAGUUCUAUCAGUGCGACUUUGACAUCGCCGGCACCUACGACCCCAUGCUGGCCGAUGCGGAGUGCGUGAAGAUCGUGUCCGAGAUACUGGACACCCUCGAGAUUGGCGACUAUGUGAUAAAGCUGAACCAUCGCCAGCUGCUGGACGGCAUGUUCGAGGCUUGCGGCGUGCCGGCUGAGAGCUUCCGCACCAUCUGCUCGGCAGUGGACAAGCUGGACAAGUCCCCCUGGGCGGAUGUGCGCAAGGAGAUGGUGACGGAGAAGGGCCUGGACGAGGCCACAGCCGACCGGAUUGGCGAGUAUGUGCGCCUCAGCGGCGGCACGGAACUGGUGGAGCAGCUGCUGGCGGAUCCCAAGCUCAAGGCAGUGUCCAAUGCUGUCAAGGGUCUGGAGGGAAUGCAGCUGCUGCUCAAGUACUGCUCCAUCUUCGGCCUGGACAAGCGCGUGAGCUUCGAUCUGAGUCUGGCGCGCGGCCUCGACUACUACACGGGCGUCAUCUACGAGGGUGUGCUCAAGGCGGAGUCCGGCAGCAGCAGCUCGCCGGCUAAAUCGGCCCAGCAGAACGGGGAGCCCGCGGAGCAGGCCACCAUCGGAUCUGUGGCCGGUGGCGGACGCUACGACAAUCUGGUGGGGAUGUUUGAUCCCCGCGGCAAGGCCGUGCCCUGCGUGGGCGUAUCCAUUGGUGUGGAGCGCAUCUUCUCGGUGCUGGAGGCCCGCUUUGCGGCCAGCAAAGUGAAGCUGCGCACCAACGACGUGGAGGCGUACGUGGCCUCCGCCCACAAGGGUCUACACGAGCAGCGGCUGCGGGUGCUCAACCAGCUCUGGGAUGCAGGCAUCAAGGCGGAGCACUCGUACAAGCUGAAUCCGAAGCUGUUGGCCCAGCUGCAGCACUGCGAGGAGCACCAGAUUCCACUGGUUGUUGUCCUGGGCGAUGCGGAGCUGGCCCAGGGACUCGUCAAGCUGCGUGAGGUGACCACGCGGCAGGAGACGAGCGUCAAGCUGGAGGAUUUGCCCGCAGAGAUAAAAAGACGUCAGCAGGCCUAAGCCACAUGGAUACUGGAUACUGGAUACUGGAUACAAAACCGCACUGAUGGUGUCUGCCGCCUAUCCUUUAAUUUAUAAACCGAAUUCAGCCAGUAAUACCCUUCCUUUCCUCCCCCUUUCCCCUUUUUUUUUUUUGUAUUUGUACGUUUUGUAUUUUUGGGCCCAGAGGUGCCUCUUGUGCUACUAUUAUAAGUAAUCGUAGGAAUUACUUUGGACCUUUGAACUUAUACCAAAACUGAAAGCUAAAA